GUAUUGUCCCAUUUUACCUGAGAGGAUCCUUUAAGAAUUGCCAAGGAGCGACGUUUUGAUUCAGUUGCGUAGAUAAAUCUUUUAAGCAAUCGAUCUUUCUGGUAAUCGACCUUUUGUCCCAAGCCAUAAACUUAUGACGACAUUAUUUGUUUUGUUCCUCGCGGUGCAUAAGGUUGUGGGGGUUUUUGUUUUACUUUCCAACAUUGAUGAUUAAUAAUGCGUUGCUUGUUUUUUUAUAUUAAGGUUUUUAAGUGGUUUAAUAAAGCAGCAAGUAUUUGAUUAUGUAUUCUCCACAACAGCCCAAUCUGUUACAAAUCUUUCAAACUGUUGACACUGAUCGUUCAGGUCGAAUUAGUUCCGAUGAGUUACAGAGGGCGCUGUCUAAUGGGACAUGGAGGCCAUUCAAUCCUGAAACUUGCCGUAUUAUGAUUUCUAUGUUUGACUCGGACAAUGAUGGUGGAAUUAGCUUCAAUGAGUUUCAAGCUCUUUGGAAUUACGUCAACGACUGGAGUCGAACUUUUCGCACAUUUGAUCGUGAUAAUUCAGGAAAUAUUGAUCGUGGUGAGCUAAUGUCUGCGUUGACACAAUUCGGUUAUCGUCUCUCGGGGCCAUUCUAUGAUAUGCUUAUGCAAAAGUUUGACCGUACUCAUUCAGGAAGGGUCAAUUUCGACGAUUUUAUUCAGCUUUGUGUUGUUCUUCAAACGCUCACUGCUGCAUUUCGCGAAAAAGAUUCUGAUCGUGAUGGCUGGAUUCGGAUUCAUUAUGAGGAGUUCCUUACGAUGGUGUUCUCCAUGAAGAUAUAA